GUUCACAAAUUCGUAAUAACAGUAUCUGGCAGCACGUAAUCCCCUAAUCCCCAGGAGGAAGUAUGGAUUCGGCCAGAUUCUCAAGGUCAGGCAACUUGAUUUUUUUCAUAGCUCCACUGGCUCAAAACAGGUUCCAGUCUAUCAUGCUUUGCCAGUUAAUCCUAUUCACGUGUGUUUUCAAACUGACGACAGUAACUGGUGUCGAAUACAGAAAUAGAUUCGAAUGUGGAAGGUCAAAGUACAAUUAUCACAGCGAUUUCGUCGGGAUUCAAAGAUCCAUUUUUGGAGAAACUCCGUGGCAUGUCGGCGUGUACAGAUUUAACGGAACAGGAUACAGCAAUAUCUGCUGUGGUAGCAUUAUUUCAAAGCACACUAUAAUUACAGCUGCGAAUUGUGUUUUUGAUGAUAAGGCGCUAAAACCAUUACCGCCGAGUGAGUUUAAAGUAGCCGCUGGAAAAUUGUCCUAUUAUUGGGAAGAGGCAGACAGAAAUGCACAAGAAAAGAGUGUGUUGAGUAUUACAGUUCAUAGCGCUUAUCUGGGCGAUAUUAAAAGCUAUUCAAACAACAUUGCUCUUCUCGGUCUGUCCAGCGAUUUUGACUUCAAUGAGUUUAUUUCUCCAGUUUGUAUUAUUUGGAAUAACAAGGUGGGGAAGAAUGUCGAUUGGAAAACUGUCAAAUUUAAUUCUUUUCAGGCGACAGGUUGGGGCUUGAAGAGAGAAGGAAAGUACAGCAAUACGUUAAGGCAGGCCGUUCUUCAGUACAAGAACCCGAUUGAGUGUCUUGCUCAGUACACCUCAGUUCGGUACAAAAGGUUCAUCAACCAUGACAAAUUCUGCAUAAUCACCAGUCAAGGGAGGAAAGACGGGGAUAGUGGUACUGGAGUGAUUGUUAAUGUCAACAAUGUUAAUUACAUACAAGGCAUUCUUAGUGCAAACGUUGCUGAUGAAUUCUCCCUUGCGACAAAUAUAACAAAAUACAAAAAUUGGAUUCAGGAUGAAAUGGCUUUAAUCGAUGCUAUGGAAAGAUGCAACGGAUUCCUUUGCAAUGAUGGUAAAUGCAUAAAUGAAAGGGACAAAUGUAAUGGGGUCCCAGAUUGUGACGAUGGCUCAGAUGAAUCAAGCAUGCAGUGCGGGAAUAUUUUCGAUUCAAACGGACAACUAAAGGGUGCCUGUAUUUUGCCAUAUCAGAAGGGGGGUGUCAGCUACACUGUUCAAGAAUGUACUGGAGGAAAUUGCGAGCUGAAGCCUCUAUCUUUGGUCCAGCAAAGUGAAAAAUUAAUCGUCAAUUGCGGUAAAGGAUACGCCUCACCGUUUGAAGGCAGGAAGCAAACUGUGAUCUGCAAUGCGGGAUCCUGGUUCCCCGAAGACCCAGAAUGCAUAAAAUUGUGUCCACCUGUGCAAAAGGCAUUCGUCCUUACCACUUGCAUUUACAAAGGUGAAAUAGUAAGCUGUUUGGAUUACGUCCGCCCUGGCACAAAGCUUGAAUAUAAAUGCCAGCCUUAUUAUAAAAGUAAGGACUAUUUCGCUUUCACUGGUACCACAAAAUGUACAAUCUCUGGACAAUGGGAAGAGACACUACCAACUUGCAUUCCUGAAUGUGGAAUUGUGAACAAGAGGGACUCUGUAGAAUUAACCAUAUCAGGAGGCAAAAGAGCUAAAUACGGAAAGUACCCUUGGCACGUAGGUGUUUUCAAACUAUUCAGUUACAAUGACAGUUAUGUCAAUGUUUGUGGUGGUACUAUCAUUCAUCCAAAUUUGGUUUUAACUGCUGCUCACUGUCUUGUUGACAAGAAUAACAAAGUAAUAAACGCAUCGGAAGUAGUAGUAGCGGCAGGGAAAUUCAAAAGGAACUUAAAAGAUCACGAAGAAGCUCAGCAAACAACAGGAGUUAGGGAUAUAAUUAUUCCAGAAAGUUAUGCAGGAUUUAAAUCUCGUUUUGAGCAUGAUAUUGCAGUACUUAAUCUAGCUGAAACUCUUGCAUUAAACGAUUUUGUUCUUCCAGCAUGUAUUGACUGGCAAAGACAAGGCAUUUACUCCCUGAAUGCAUUAGGAACAAUUGUCGGUUGGGGUUUCACUGAGGAAUUGGUAUACAGUGAUGAACUUAAAGAGAUCCAUAUGCCAUACUUGUUGAAACAAAAGUGCUGGGAAAAAUUCCCUGAAUUCACCCUCUUCAUCACCACAGAUAAGUUCUGUGUUAUCUACCAAAACGGUUCUGGAGCCCAGUUUGGUGACAGCGGAGGAGGGAUGACUUUCACCCGAGCAGACAUUCAUUUUGUGCAUGGUGUCGUCUCGUUGAAAACUGGAAAAUCCAACCUAUUUAGUGUCCUGACAAACGUUUCCUAUCAUCUAAUAUGGCUCAGGGAAACUGUAAAACAAUACUCUAGAGUAACUUUAUAAAUUAAUUGUUAUUGAUUAAUUUUAUUUAUUUAAUGUUAUAAGGAAAAGUUUAGAGAGAAAUAUAU